AUGUCGCCGUACACGAGACGUUUGUUCAUCAUGGAAACGGUGCUGCCCCUAGUGAUAUUGGCCCUAAUCGGCUCAGCAAGUACCUUAUGCCACUCGAAAACUGUCCCACACGAUUUCUGUUCGGAGUAUGAAGUGCUGCAUACUACUCCACCUUGCUGUGAGGCAACCUGUGACUAUGACUGCUGUCGUGUUGUGUGCCCGAAGAUGCUCGUCUACGAACCGACCUGCGUGUGUCUGGAAGGAUACGUGAGACACGAUGGGCAGUGCAUUCUCAAGUCUCAUUGUCCAGCGCGGCCAACAACACCGCCACCACCACCCUGUGAAACGACUACUGUCGCACCGUGUGGUACCACCACUACUCCCCGUCCACCAUCCUGUAGUACUACUACUCCUGCGCCCUGCACGACUGUUAAGCCUCCAUGUCCAACUACUACUCCUAAGCCACCCUGUCCUACUGUUAAUGCUCCAUGUACAACUCCCAAGCUGCCAUACGUACUGACAACUCCCAAAAAGUACGGUUACACACCACCAUCCCGUCCCAAAUACUCACCCGUCACAUAUGUUCCUCCUCCACCGUCACCGACGUACCAAACAUUGCCUCCGUCGUAUCGCUAUGUCUCAGUAGCAUCUUCACGCGUUACUCCCAUGGUGACAUCGUACCAAACAGUACCAACCAAACCCUGUGUAACGACCAUGAAACCUCCCUGCACGACUACUCAACCACCAUGCCCAACAAAAACCGUCUGCUAUACUACGCCUAAGCCAAGCACACCAUGUCCACCCGCUACAACACCUCAACCGUAUACCAGUAAACCCUGUCCCAAAGUUCCAGAAUCGUGUGCGGCCUGUGAGGAGCUCGUCUUUACGCAAGCCUGCUGCGAACCAACGUGCGACUUCGACUGUUCGCACACCGUCUGUCCACUGGUGCUGGUUGAACAAGCGACGUGCGCAUGCCGCCCAGGGCUGGUGCGAUAUCAGGGACACUGCAUAGAACCUUCCGAUUGCCCGAAGAGCGCGUCCCGCUAUCGACUAUACGUUCCAGUUGCUGCACAGUGCCUAAAGUGUGGAAAGUGA